ACGUAAACGAAGAAGAAAGACAGAGCCCAACCAAUUUUUGGCUUGUGGUGUGGUGUGUUUACUUAGGGAGAUAGCCAAAGUCAAGCAUGGCAACACCUCUGACACCAAACCCAGCUUACAAAUGCAUGACCAAGUUGUUCUCACAUAUACUUCUUAUAGUGCUUUUCCUCACCAUUGUUGAGUCCCAAUCAAUCAUUGAGUCCUUACCAGGCUACUCUGGCAGUCUUCCUUUCAAACUUGAAACUGGGUACAUAGGCGUGGGAGACUUAGAUGAUGUGCAGCUUUUCUAUUACUUCAUUGAGUCUGAGAGAAGUCCAAAAGAUGAUCCACUCGUGCUUUGGCUCACUGGAGGUCCGGGUUGUUCAGCUUUUUCUGGCCUAGUAUUUGAAAUAGGUUUUGUUAUAUUGAUGAGUUGGAUGCACACCCUUAGACCUCCCAGUAUCAUUAAGCCAGGAGAUGAUUGUCCACUGUCAUUUGAUUUUGACAAUUCCAGCAGGGAUUCACCCACAUUUAAAUUGAACCCAUUCUCAUGGACAAAGGUUGCGAACAUAAUAUUUGUUGAUGCACCCGUCGGCACUGGAUUCUCAUAUGCGAGAAGUUGGGAAGGAUACAGCAUCACUGAUACCAUAUCAGCAGCACAAACCUAUUCUUUUCUCAGGAAGUGGCUUUUGGCUCAUCCAGCAUUCCACAAAAAUCAACUCUACGUUGCUGGUGAUUCUUAUUCAGGCAUACUUGUCCCAAUUAUUGUUCAGAAAAUAUCCGAUGGUAACGAAGCUGGAGUUAAGCCAGCUAUGAAUCUCCAAGGAUAUGUGCUUGGUAACCCAACCACAACCCCACAUGAUGACUACAACUACAGAAUCCCCUUUGCUUACAUGAAGGCACUUAUAUCACAGAAACAAUAUGAGUCAAUCAAAACGAAUUGCAAGGGCGAGUAUAUAAAUGUUGAUCCAAACAAUACACUAUGCGUAAAUGAUCUUCACACAGUGACGGAUUGCACCCAAAAAAUAUAUUCGGGACAAAUAUUGGAACCUACAUGUAGUUUGACAUCCCCAAAACCAGUGGGAUCAAAGUUGGAUGCAAGCCUUCUCGGAGAGGAUGCUAUUCAUCUCCUUUCUCUUACUCAAGUUCCUGAACUAUGGUGCCGGAGUUAUAACUAUAUAUUCUCUUACAUUUGGGCUAAUAAUGAAACUGUUCAAAGAGCUCUUCACAUUAGGGAGGGGACCAUAAGGGAGUGGAUAAGGUGCAAUGCAAGUUUAUCUUACACAGAUGAUGUCUUUUCUACUCUUGAAUACCAUCGAAACCUCAUCAAGAAAGGGUAUCGUAUUUUGAUUUACAGCGGUGAUCAUGACAUGGUUAUCCCACACAUUUCUACUUAUGCAUGGAUAGAGUCUCUAAAUUUGACAAUUGCCACUGAUUGGGGACCAUGGUUUGUUGAUGGACAAAUUGCAGGGUACACGAUGGAAUCUUAUUAUAAAAAAAGUCGGUUGACAUAUGCAACUGUAAAGGGAGCGGGCCACACUGCUCCAGAGUACAAGCCUAAGGAAUGUUUUGCCAUGGUUAAUAGGUGGUUUGCUUACUAUCCUCUCUAGUCAAUAGUGUUCUUGCCCAUUUAUGUAAGAGAGAUCGAGCACUUGUUCAAUAAAAUCGUUUUAGUAUUAUUGGUGUAAUCAAUAAAAGAGCAAUGAAACUCGACAGCUUUAACAUCUUUCA